AUGGCGGCUGAAGCGAUGGCGAACUUGACCUUGCGGUCCAAUUCUUUGAACAGCAUUCGUACACCCACCUCCAGCUCCUCCAGCACUGCGAGUGCUGGGAAGGACAGGCUUGUUAUCGGAGUUGACUUUGGCACAACUUAUAGUGGUGUUGCAGCAGUCUACAGUGGGACGCCAGAUGACAUAGAAGUAAUCAAAACAUGGCCCGGAGGCAACGGGAUAACCUCCGACAAAGUCCCCACCGAGCUCUCCUACAUACCUCUCCCCUCACGAACCCCGUCGGGGGCGGGCAUGCCACAACCCCCCGUGUCGCACGAGGGUGGAAGCAGCGACCCGGUGACGUACAAAUGGGGAUUCCAACCCUCGGCGAAUAACCCGCGGUUACGAUGUUUGAAGCUGUUCCUCGACCGCUCGCAGACGCUCCCGCCCUACAUCUCGCCGCUGGAGACGGCGGGGAUGCUGAGGGGUGUAGGGAAGACCAUUAUUCAUGCUGUGACGGAUUAUCUCAGUGCGCUGUAUGGGGAGAGCUUUAUGGCUGGUACGCCCUUGGAAUGGGUGUUGACGGUCCCUGCGGUUUGGAGUGAUGCUGCGAAGAAUGCUACACGAAGGGCUGCGGAGGGAGCGGGUAUGGGUGGGCCGGAUGGAAAGGGGAUUAGGCUUAUUAGUGAGCCGGAGGCUGCGGCGGUAUACACGCUUAAAGCUAUUCAGCCGAACAACUUGAGUGUUGGGGACAACUUUGUUGUCUGUGAUGCUGGCGGUGGGACCGUGGACUUGAUAUCGUAUGAGAUCACUUCGGUUUCCCCAUCACUGCUACUCUCCGAAUCCUCGAUUGGAACCGGUGGGUUGUGUGGAAGUGCGUUUUUGAAUUAUGCCUUUGAGGAUCAUUGUCGGAGGAGGUUGGGAGCUGAGAUUUAUGACCACUUGAAGCCCAAGACGCGAAAUAUGGCGCUGAAGUAUUGGGACGAGUACGUCAAGCGGAACUUCAAGGACGAGGAACCGGACGAGGAGGAAGAGAUUUCUGUUCCACUCCCCGGAGUAGCGGACGAUGAAGAGAAGCGCAUCGAAGGCGGAUUCCUUGUGAUGAGGAGAGAGGAAGUCAAAACGAUUUUCGAACCUGUGGUAAGCCAAGUGGUGAAACUCGUGGACGAGCAGGUCGAAGGAAUCCGGAGGAAAGGGGGGAAGGUAGCGGGAAUUGUGUUGGUAGGAGGCUUCGGGCAGAGCAAUUACCUCUACAGCCGCCUCAAAACUCGGUUCAAUCCCCCCACACUGAACCCCCCAUCAUACUCUGAGACUCCUAUCUCAGGAAAUGGUGGAAUCGAGGUUAUGCAGCCGUUAUAUGCUUGGACGGCAGUGGUCCGGGGGGCGGUGAUCCGGGGGUUAGAAGGGUCGAUGGUUGUCGCUCGACAGGCCCGUUUUCACUACGGGACUUCGUAUGCCACCGUUUGGGAGGAGUCCAAGCAUCCUGUUCAGGACCGUUACUGGUCACCAUUGUGGGAACGGUGGAUGGUGUCGGAUCGUAUGCAAUGGCACAUCGCCCGAGGAGAACCCGUGUCCGACAAAACCCCCAUAUCCUUCCACUACACCCGGAAUUUCCGACCAGGGCAGAGUCUCAAGAUCGAGGACGAUCUUAUCUGUUGCGAGCACGAGGUAGCGCCGGCAAGCAUGGCGGAUGCGAACAAGCAUCUUGUGAAGACGGUCUGCACACUGACAACUGACUUGUCGAGUGUACCAAAAUCAAAAUUCACCCGCUUGACAACAAGCAAAGGCAUUGCGUUCGACAACCUGGACUUCACACUAGACCUAAUCGUGGACUCAGCAAGUCUCGUGUUCGAGCUGAAAGUGGAAGGCGUAGCAUACGGGAGCGUGACGGCAAAGUUUCACUGAUCGAUUGAUUCCACUUUGUUUUUAUUUUUAUAUCAUUAUCAUAUUGUGCCAACCCACCCAUCUUGGCCGAGAUAUGUUCGUAAAGUAGCGGGAGUUUAUCUUGUUUUGGGGUUUUAUUUCGUCAAUUCAUUUUGUUUGUUUAUUUGCUUAUUUUUUCGGGGAGCCUUGAUAUACUUGUAUGGCUGCACGGUACGUCUAUGAAUUGGACUUGGUCCUGCCUUCCUUUCGAAGGGGGUAUCAUACGGAAGGUGUGCAAAGGCGAUUGAAAGUAGGCUAGCGCUUGCUAUGGGUUAAGUUAUGGCCGGAAGGGAGUAAGGUGCUGCCGACUAUCCGGUUCCUGCGGAGGGCUCGUUUCCUUGGGCAGGGGGAGGUUGGCGGUGGGCUGGUACCAUGCUGUACCGUGUCGGUAGAUCACGGCGCGGACUUCGCGGACUUUGGCGUGGGGAGGAUUCUAUGAUGGGAUGCAGGGGCUUCCAUGUGUCGGUGCCUAGUCCACCUACUGCUCCAUCGAUCGGGACCACAAGGUACUGCGGUUCCGUACUGUAUUUUUUCCUCUCUUUAGCUACCGGGAGCCAGGAUAUGGGGGCAAGGGGGAUUAUGGGAGAUAAGGCGGUGGAGUAAUAAUUGUAAGGAUGAUUAUAUGAAGCAUAGAGACAUUCUCCUACAAGCAUGCAGUUCUGCUGUGCCGGUGUGGCCGAGGUUUUGUUUGCCAUUGAGUUCUUUCUUUCCGUCUCUCACGUAGGGCGAAGAUGGUCAUUUCUGAUGCAGUAGCGACACCACAGGCAUCCUACGUAUCUACAAAAUCGGAGCACGAGUGAUUGUGCGAGCAAGUGCACCCCCAACUAUUAUCUACCAUCACACUUUUGCGUACAAUACAAAUUUAUGCAAUCGCCUGCCUGCCUGUCUGCUGUGCUUGUAGUACCAUACUAUCCAUCUUUCACCCUCUCUGUUCUAUUAUACUCUACUUGCGAUACAAUGCUGUCUCGCCCGCAAGUGAGGCGAUCGCUAUCCUGGCGUGUUAUCUGUUAUCGUGCUUUUUUCCCCGCCAGGAUCAGUCAUAGCAACACAAAGGAACGGCAUAUCCCGCUUUCAAACCGAACGAUAUCAUAGGCAGGUUUAGGGGUCCAUGCGGCUGACCCCUGCCUGCCUGCCUACUUUUCCUCACUCGCUCACUCCCGCAACAACUAACCCGACCUAAACCCUCAACGGACUAAAACGGAUUGCUUGCCCUGUCCCACGCCACACCGCAAU